AUGGGUGGCGGUUUUAGAGUUUUGCAUCUUGUCCGGCCGUUUCUGAACCUUCUGCCGGAGGUGCAGACCGCAGAUCGGAAAGUGCCGUUCAGAGAGAAGUUUCUUUACACCGCCGUUUCGCUCUUUAUCUUUUUGGUCUGCAGUCAGCUUCCCCUCUAUGGCAUCCACGCAGCCACAGGAUCAGAUCCGUUCUACUGGAUGCGUGUUAUUAUGGCGUCCAACCGGGGUACUGUCAUGGAGCUGGGAAUUACUCCCAUUGUCACAUCCAGCAUGGUGAUUCAGCUUCUUGUAGGGUCGAAGCUGAUCGAGGUGGAUAACAGCAUCAAGGAAGAUAGAGAAUUGAUCAAUGGAGCUCAGAAGCUGCUGGGAGUGCUCAUCACUGUCGGAGAAGCUGUCGCAUACGUCGUGUCGGGGAUGUACGGCGAUGUGCGCGAUCUGGGUGCGACGAAUGCGAUUCUGAUCAUCGUGCAGCUUUUCUUCGCCGGCAUCAUCAUCAUCUGCCUCGACGAGCUCCUGCAGAAGGGAUACGGCCUUGGAUCUGGAAUUUCUCUCUUCAUCGCUACGAACAUCUGUGAAAGCAUCAUCUGGAAGGCAUUCAGCCCAACGACCAUCAACGCUGGCCGUGGCGCAGAGUUCGAGGGAGCCGUGAUCGCUCUCUUCCACCUGCUCAUCACCCGGACCGACAAAGUCCGCGCGCUCAAGGAGGCCUUUUACCGGCAGAACCUGCCGAAUGUCACCAACCUCCUAGCCACCGUGCUCGUCUUCCUCAUCGUGAUCUAUUUCCAGGGCUUCCGCGUUGUGCUCCCUGUUCGCUCUAAGAGCGCUAGGGGACAGCAGGGCUCGUACCCCAUCAAGCUCUUUUACACCUCAAACAUGCCCAUUAUUCUGCAGUCGGCUCUCGUAUCCAACCUGUAUUUCAUCUCGCAGCUGCUUUAUCGGAGGUAUGGCGGUUUCAUCCUGGUGCGCCUUCUUGGUGUGUGGGCCGAAUCGGAAUAUUCGAGUUCAGGCCAGCUCAUUCCUGUCGGCGGACUUGUCUAUUACAUGACCCCUCCCGCGAGCUUGGCGGACAUUGCGGUGCAUCCGUUCCACGCCCUCUUCUACGUUACCUUCAUGCUCUCCGCCUGCGCGCUCUUCUCCAAGACGUGGAUCGAGGUCUCCGGGUCGUCUGCGCGCGACGUGGCGAAGCAACUCAAGGAGCAACAAAUGGUGAUGCCUGGUCAUCGCGAAUCCAACCUGCAGAAGGAGCUCAACCGUUACAUUCCCACGGCCGCUGCGUUUGGUGGGAUGUGCAUCGGUGCGCUGACCGUUGUUGCCGACUUCAUGGGUGCCAUUGGCUCUGGCACUGGAAUUCUCCUUGCCGUGACCAUCAUCUAUCAGUACUUCGAGAUGUUUGACAAGGAGAGGGCCACUGAGCUUGGCCUGUUUGGCGUCGCCGGGCUCGCAGCUGCAUGGCGACUGAGCAAGCAGGGAGUACAGGUGACGGUGUUGGAGAAAGACUCGCACAUUGGCGGCCAUGCCUUCACGUAUCGCACAGAAGAUGGCGUUGACGUGGACCUCGGAUUCAUGGUCUUCAACUCGGUCACCUACCCCAACAUGCUCUCCUUCUUCGAGGAACUAGAGGUGGCAAUAGAGCCCUCCGACAUGUCCUUUUCUGUCUCAGUACCUCGAUGCGAGUGGGGCAGCUAUGGCCUCUCCGGCCUCUUUGCUUCGCGCCGCAAUGCCUUCCGGCCCUCCUUCUGGCUCAUGCUGCGCGAGAUGACUGUUUUCCAUCAAGACGUGCUCAAGUGA